AACAUAUGAUGCCUGUGAAGUACACCCAGGACCCUAUUUGAAUAUGAUUGUAGGUGCUAAUGGAACAGGAAAGUCAAGCAUUGUUUGUGCCAUCUGCCUGGGACUGGCUGGAAAACCUUCUUUCAUAGGGCGAGCUGAUAAGGUUGGCCUCUUUGUAAAGCAGGGCUGCUUGAAAGGUGUAAUAGAAAUUGAACUGUCUAAGACACCUGACAAUAUAAUUAUUACACGUGAGAUUCAAGCGGUGAGCAACACAUCAACAUGGUUUAUCAACAAAAAGCCAGCAACCCUGAAAACAGUAGAAGAGCAGAUUGCAGCCUUAAACAUCCAAGUAGAAAAUUUGUGCCAGUUUCUCCCUCAGGACAGAGUUGGAGAAUUUGCAAAACUGAGUAAGAUCGAGUUGCUUGAAGCUACUGAAAAAUCCAUUGGUCCUCCAGAAAUGUACCAAUAUCACUGUGAACUGAAAAACUUCAGAGAAAAGGAAAGAGAACUAGAGAACUUGUGCAGAGACAAAAGUAACUCUUUGGAGAAAAUGAAACAGAGGGUUGAACGGUGCAAACAAGAUGUUGAGAGGUACCAUGAGUUCAAGCGCCAUCUAGACUUAAUUGAGAUGCUUGACAGGAAAAGGCCUUGGGUGGAAUAUGAAAGUGUUCGUCAGCAACAUGAGAAAGUGAAAGAAAGCCGAGAGCAAGCCAAGAAAGAACUGAAGAAUCUGAAAGAAAUACAAGCCCCAAUGACAAAAAAAAUCCAAGAAGUUGAAGAACAUCUUAAGAGCCUGGAUAUGAAAAUCAGAGACAAGGCUGCUGAAAUCAAGGACACUUCUCAAAAAUGUAAACAGAAGCAAGAUGCUUUGGAGAUGAAAGAUAAACAAGUUGAAGAAAUUCAUCAAGCUUUGAGAAUGAAAAAAGAUGAAGAAAUGGACAGACAGAGAAAAAUACACGUUACUCACAGGAUGAUAAAGGACUGGAAGCAUGAGCUCAGCACAAUGGCAGCCUGUGAGGACCUUCAGCCACAAACUGAUUCUGUUAAUAAUGAGCUGAAAAAAAUACAAGAAGAAAGGGCAAAUAUUGAUAGUGAUAUCAGUGAUCUAGCAGCAGAGAAAAUGAACCAAGAGAGGGAAAAAAUAA